AUGUUCAAGGGUAUUCUCAAUGCAAUGAAUUCCAUUCAUAUCCUCCUCUCUCUGUUACUUGUUCACAUAGCAACAGCCCAAUCCUGGCACGGCUUUGGCGACUCCCAUGACCAUUCACACAACAAGCGCAGUCCACCUGCGCCGGGUGGCGAUGGUGUCUGCUACACCCACAUCGUUCAGGAGAACGAUACAUGCGCAAAACUUUCUAAGCACUACCAGAUCACUACCAGCAAUAUCGAGACUUGGAAUCUCGGAUCCUGGGACUGGCCAGGUUGUGCCAAAUUGAAGCAAGGCAAUUUUAUCUGUCUCAGCUCCGGUGCCCUUCCGAUGCCAGUUGCUCUCCCGCAUGCUGUCUGCGGUCCCCAAGUUCCUGGAACACGACGCCCUGCCAAAUAUAGCAAUCUCGCCUCUCUAAAUCCAUGCCCUUCAAACCAAUGUUGUUCUAAGUUAGGACAAUGUGGUACUAAAUCUGACUUUUGUGAUGCAAGCACCAGUUGUAUCUUUAACUGUGGACCGAAGAGUACACAAAACAAAGCCACAACCAAAAGUACUAUGUCAAAGACUACUGCCGCAAAAGCGAAUACUUCGAAAACAACUACUUCAAAGACUACUACUUCAAGGACUACUACUUCAAAGGCUAAUACUUCAAAGGCGACUACCUCCAAAACGACUACUACCUCCAAAGCUACUACUACUUUAAAAGCUACCACGAAAGAUGUCAUGGUAACCUUGACUAGCAUAAAAUUAGUCCAAGCUCCAAGCAAAACCACGACCAGUGCCGCUUCGACUCAAACUUGGCAAAUGUCGUUCUAUUCGAAAGAUAAGUGUGAAGGUGAUUACUUCACUGUUCAGGGGCAUGAAGACCAACAUUCUGCCCGCUGCAUUGUUCUCGCGGACGAUACCAACACCAAAAUCUCAGACAGUACUACAUCCUGCCGAUGGUGGUCUGAUGAGGGUCUCAACUGGGGCACCUGUUCCUCCGGUAAACUCAAGAAACCCAAAUCAUGGUUUAUCAAAAGUGGCAAGUGUUCCAUGUUUUCGGGGAAGAAAUGCGAGGACGCCGACUGGGUAGGAGAGACCUAUGCGCCUUUUAAGGGCUGUCAGUCUGGCAAUACUGGAUUUAUGUCUCCUGCGAAAGGUAAGACCUGGGGUGCAGUGCAGUGUUAUGAAAUGAAGUCGUGA